AACCGCCGCAGCGCGUAAAAGCAGACACACCCGUGGUUCUCCUUCCUGUCAUUUAAACCCCGUGAUUAAACUCUGAACCACUACAAUGGCUUUAACACGUUUUCAACCGCUGUUUCUUCUCGUGUAUUUCGUGCACGCGUCUGUGGGAGCUCUAGAUCCAGAGACAAAAGGAUUCCCUGCUAUUGAAACACAGGAUGGUGUGAUUGUCAGCUUACAAGCCAAAAAGGUCCUGUCCAGUCCACUUACUACUGUUUUUCUCCCGGUCAUCUACAUAAUUGUGUUCACUCUGGGGCUUCCUGCAAAUGCUCUGGCCGUUUGGGUGUUCCUCUUCAGAGUCAAAAAGAAGCAUCCAUCUUCAAUUUACAUGGCAAACCUAGCACUGGCGGAUCUACUCUUUGUCAUUUGGGUGCCUUUGAAGAUUGCAUACCACUUCAACAAUAAUGACUGGAUCUAUGGCGAGGGCUUGUGUAAAGUUCUGGUUGUGUUCUUCUAUGCAAACAUGUACUGCUCAAUCUUGUUUAUCACCUGCAUUAGUGUGCAACGUUACUGGGCUGUGGUUCACCCAUUAACCCAGUUGGAGAGGGACAACUGUGUGGCCAUUGCCUUGUCUAUCACUGUCUGGGUUGUAGUUUGGGCGAUCACUGUGCCGCUGUACCUUUAUGAUCAGGAGGUCCAGGUUACAAACCUUAACGUCAUCACUUGUCAUGAUGUCACUAGGCCAAGCCAUACAAAAAUGGCAGCAGGUUACUUCCUCACCAUGGGAACCCUUGGAUUUCUAGUGCCUUCAUGUGUGUGCAUCGUGUCCUAUGUCGGCAUGCUGAAGGCUCUUCAAAACAACAUGUCAGACCCUACUAUUGCCAAGAAGCGGAGAAAAGCUAUUGUCCUUAUCAUUACAGUGCUGGUUAUGUUUAUAGUGUGCUUCACUCCCAGUAAUAUAAUGUUAAUAGUCCACUACUGUUUGCUAUUGAGCGGAGCCACAAACAGCCUGUAUGGAUUCUAUAUCACCACUCUGUGCUUGGCCAGUCUCAACAGCUGCAUUGAUCCCUUUGUUUACUAUUUUAUUUCUGAGGACUUCAGGGAUCACAUAAAGAACACAUUCUUGUGUCGAAGCCAGCGGACUGUGGAGAGGAUGAGGGUCUCCUUCACCGCUCUGAAAAACUCAAAGAAGAGCAACACCUACACCUCUGACACCGCCAACACACAGAGCACUGAGUGCUAGUCAAUACAUAAUACAUGACUUUGUAGCCUAUUUGGAAGCCUAUUUUUUUUCUCUGACAAACUAUUAAUCUUAAUUGUAUACAUUUGUUCUUGAUUGUGGAUAUUGUGUUUUUAUAUUGUUUAUUAAAGUUUCUAAAGAGAAUCAAAUGGAACUGAUGCAAAGGUCAUGUAAUAUUUAUAGAACAAAUACUUCUCUACACAAGAGUUGCAAAGAUCCUUGUGUUAUUGAGUAUCACGUCUCUUUUUUCUGGCACAUACGACGCAUAUUUGUUCAUUAAACACUUCACAGAACAAUAAAUAGUAACCUACUUGGAAAACAAACCACAGUU